GUGGUUUCCGGCGCCUAUAGUCCCCCGUGGCCUGGCAUCGGCUGCAGAAGCAAGUCCUCGACGCCGACCUUCCUACCCCUCCUCCUCCAGCGUCAAGGGCCAGCGCAACCCCCGCCGAAGGAACCCUGAAGUGCGUGCGUGCGUGUGGGGGGAAAACCAGGGGACGAGAGGGAAUCCGUGGUGCGAGGGCGUCGUCGUGAGCAUGACCAUGAUCUCCAAGGGCACACUGGGCAUCUGCGCGGGCGUCGCCGGGGCACUGUUCCUCGGGUACUGCAUCUACUUCGACCAGAGGAGGAGGAGCGACCCCGAGUUCAAGAAAAAGCUCAGGGAGAGGCGUCGUAAGACAGCCAAGAGCAGCGCAGCAGGUGGCAAGUCAGUCAACUGGCCAAACCUCAAGGAUCAGGAGGCUGUGCAGAAGUUCUUCCUCGCACAGGUCCAGGCUGGAGAAGAGUUGUUGGCACAGGGUGAGGUGGAGGCGGGCGUGGAGCACCUGAGCAGGGCUGUGGCAGUGUGUGGGCAGCCUCAACAGCUCCUGCAGGUCCUACAGCAGACUCUCCCCCCUCAGGUCUUCCAGAUGCUCCUUCAGAAGCUGCCAGCAGUUGGGGAGAGCAUCCUACAAGCAGCUGGAGGGCCCAAAGUGAGCGAGGAAGAUGUUGAAUGAAGGCCAAGGCAGCAGUGUUUAAUUUAAGGCACCCUCUCCCCUCCUUCCUUCAGAAGUGUCUCCAUGUCUGGAAGUGUCUUUAAAGGGAGAACACCCCAUUGAACUCCCCCCCCCUCAUCCCCUCCCCCAUACCCUUCAUCAUGUACUCCCAAAGAUUGUGAUACUGUUAGUGGCGUACACACACACACGUACACACACAAGGACACGAGGUUGGACUUCUAGCUUAAAUAUCAGUAGAAGAUUAAGAGAAUGUUUGUGUUGCAUUAUGCUCUGCUGCGAUCAGGGAUGCCCAAAGCCUGUGAGUGCACAGGUGUCUUGGCAUAAAUACCAUGGUACAAAAAUGGGAAAGAGGAAAAACUGGAAAUUGUGUAGUGGACCGUGUGUGUGGUCUCGCAACAUGCUUGGAUGAUUAUGAUUACAUUCAGUUUCUCAUACAUUAUUUAUGAAAAUGUAGAUGUAAUGUAGUUAUUGUCACUUGACUUUUUCCUUAUUGAUUUUUGGCUUGAUAGUUCUUUCAUUUUGGAUGCUAUUAUCAUUAUUAUUAUUAUUGUGUGUUUUUACUAUAUAUAUUUUUAAUAUAUAUAUAAUUUCUCCCCUCUUUUUUUUUUUUUUUUUUUUUUUUUUUACAUGUUUUCUAGUAAUUUUGAGUUCCAUUUAAGAACUUCAUCUCAUGUGCAUAAUUUAUCAUAUCACAACAUCGGGAUUGUUGGCCAUAUGUAUAGUUGUUCCACCAGAUAAUGCAGGCAGAACAGUCUGAAAUGUGAUUUGAAUAGAAAUCUAGAAUAUGUUCCCUUUUUUUUUUUUCUUUCUUUCUUUUUAUAUUAAAGUUGUUUCUUCCAUCCCAUAUCUCUGCUUUCCCAUUUAUUUUUUCUAAAGAACAGUUAUACAACAUCUUUUACGUUCUCCUCAGAUCCUCUCCCCUCUUCUUGUCACACUCCCCCCCCCCCACCCCCCAUGUUCACCACUUCACCGGAAAUGUUUGUGUUCAGCCAGUUUUUUUAUUUUUCUUUCUUUCCUUCUCCUCUUGUAGAAAGCAGCAGUAGCUUCAGAUAACACAAAACACACCCCUAUGGCUCUCGGGUAUCAUUGGCGGGUCAACUUGUGUGUAUGAACAAAGAGCCGUUUUUCCUAUUCUCAUUUUUUGUAUUAUUAUUAUUAAUUAUUAUUAUUAAUUAUUAUUAUUAAUUAUUAUUAUUAAUUAUUAUUAUUAAUUAUUAUUAUUAAUUAUUAUUAUUAAUUAUUAUUAUUAUUAUUAUUAUUAUUAUUAUUAUUAUUGUUGUUGUUGUUGUAUAACUGGCGAAGGUGAGGAUUUUUACAUGGAUUUUCAUUGUUGCUAUCAAACCUUGUUACUGUAUGUGUCUGUAUAUACAAUUUGUUCUUUUCUUUUAAUUAUACGAUGACUCUUUCAAAACCACAAGACCGCCAUGCUGUCGGGUAUACUGUUCCUUCAGCCAUACACAAGGGGUACCUAGGUCCUUCACAUUGUGAUUGUGUGUAUUUCUGUUGAUGUUGGAAAGAAUGAUUUCUUCUAAUUAUGUAUGUAUUUUCUUUUUUUCUUUUUAGUAGCUUUCUACUUAACAAAAAAAAAAAGAGAGAGAGACAGAGCGAGUGUGUGUUAAUGUAAACUCCCGGAGCUUUAAAUGAAUGCUUGUGUAAGAGGAACAUUCGAGGCAAAGUGUAUUUUUUCGUAUUGCGAGCACAAACUUUGUUUUCGUCCCCAUUGGGUAUUUCUUAUUAUAAAAUCUAGAUAACAAAUACAUAUACCAUGGUAUUCAUGGUGUUUCAUCAGCCACACACUGCCCAGUCAUUUUCAGUUUUGUUGAAGUGGAGAAAAUCCUUUUAUUGAUUUCUUAUUUGGUUAUUUAUAUUUAUUUAUUUAUUUAUUAUUUAUUCACUUUUACCCAGUCUCUAUGUGGUUGUACAGCUGGACUAAUCAAGUCUGAAAAUGAUUUUCAUGAUGUAUGGAACUUGUGACUUCUCUGGGGCUAAUAACCAUCCAAGAAUGGCUUUAACAUGUCAUUAAACAACCAAAUUCCAGCUCAGUCUGCAUAUCCUUUUUCUGUUUUAUUCAAGUAACAGAACACAUAUUUUGGAACAGUAUCAUCUUCAUGCUAGAGUGGAUGACUCCCCAUGUCUCACAGCAUCAGGAUGUAUACUGUUCCUGCUGUGUGUUAUUUCAAUAAGAUACCAGGGUAGAAAAUAUCCCAUGUACAUUAUGUACUAUAAGCCAUAUAUUAUGUAUGUGGUGCAUCAGUGUUUAUUUUAUUUUUAUAAUUAUCAAAACUUUUUUUCUCCUUUUUUUUUAUUGUGUUCCUCGUGAGGUACGGUGGAACACAAACUCACUGGGAGCAACAUGAAAGAUUUAUAUAACAUAAAUGCAGUGUAAAAAAAAAUAUAUCUGUGAACACUCUCAGUGGUGUUAAAAAUCGGAUUUCUGUAAAUACUAGUGCACUAUGUUUAAGGAAAAUAAAAAGUUUUCUGUA